AUCACCCCGAUUGUGGACAUCAUUAAUGUUUAUUUCUGUCGACAUGACAUGAUAUGCUAUCAGUACGGCUGAUUUCAGACUCUUUUUAUAUUUUUUAUUAUAUUUUUUUAUUGUUUUUUAUAGCUUACAAUUUUGUCUGCCUGUGUGUGCAUCUGUAUACAGUCCAAACGUUCGCGUUUGCGUGUGUAUGUUGGGGGGCGCCAAUUUGAAAUCUCGCCCAGGGCGCCAGAAUUGCCAAGGCCGGCCCUGACCGUGCUUAUAUGUACCUGACUGGUAUAAAGUACGAUUUUUACUUGUUACUUUAGUUAUAGUAUUUUACUUUUGCUUUUCUAAUAGUGAAUUUCUCUUGGUUGUUCUUUUUCACAAAUAUUGGUGUUAAAGACUUAAUUGCUUUGGGUAUUACCAUAAAUGCUCUGCUUCAUGACAAAUAUUUUCCAGGGAGUCCAGUAUUCCUCUGUAAUCUCCCAUAUUGUUUGCAAAUGAUCACCAAUAAUAGAUGCUAUGAAGAAAAAUGCACCAAUCAAAGACUCCCAUAUAUUACUCAUUAUUAACUCAACUCCUUUUGUUGAGGUUUCACAGAUGGGUAUUAAUCAAAGCUGGAAGUCAAAGGAUAAUCCAAACACUGUGGCACCUGUCACUCCUCUUACUGGAUUUGAUGGAACUGGGGAGUUGUCUUUAUUCUCAACAGUUCGACUUUAUUAAUAGGAAAUGCAAACAAAAAUCUACCUCUGUUUUAGCUUGAAAGUAUUUUCAACAAUGUUUUCCUUUUUUUCUGAUAUUUCGAGUUUAUUCCCAAUAUCUUGUUUUUUUUCUUUAUUGGAUUUUUUACUCUAUCGUCUUUAGUCUCUGAAGGUUUUGUGCUCUGGUCUCAACACUCGGACUUUUGGAAAUGAAAAGUGCUUUCUCUAGAUGGCAGCAGCGGUCCCAUGCCGGGACAUGUCUUCGUGCUAGAAGAAGUCAGCCAGUUACGUCAUCACUUUUGAGCAUGCCUACUAGGACAUAAACAAAGGCUGGACGUCGCGCUGCAAUAAACUCUCUUCUCUUCUCCUCCUAUACAAUACCAUACAUUUUGGGCGUGAGUUAUUUCCGGAGAUAUGGACAACGCAUUAUUGAUGCGAGUGAGUGUGUACACCGACCAAGGAGGGAGGAGAUACAUGGAAGAUGUGACCGAGAUCAUAGUGGAGCCCGAGCCGGGGGAAGAUGAGCCGACGUCGAGUGAGUCGGAGGAGAGCGGCGGGGGAGACUGUACGGUCCCGUCCCAGCCGGAGGUCGGAAAUCCACGCCGGGCUGGAGAGCCCCCGGAGUCCCCGCAGGUUUUACAUGCAACCCCCGAACCCGAACGGACGGAGGAACCAGCGGACAUACGUUCCCCGAGCACCCCGCCAGCUCAGCCCGGUCGCUCCCGCCGCUCCGUGGCGUUCUUCGCCGUGUUUGACGGUCACGGCGGUCGCGAGGCUGCGCAGUUUGCACGGGACUAUUUGUGGGAGUUCAUGAAGAAGCAGCGGGGCUUCUGGUCCGACUGUGACCGGGAGGUGUCGUCCGCUAUACGCAAGGGGUUUGUUGCCUGUCACCACGCUAUGUGGAAGAAGCUGCCUGAAUGGCCAAAGACACUCACAGGCCUUCCUAGCACAUCAGGCACCACAGCCAGCGUAGUGGUUAUCCGAGGAAAUCGCAUGUAUGUGGCUCAUGUUGGGGAUUCGGCAGUGGUUCUAGGGAUCCAGGAUGACCCCUCACUUCCAUUCAUCAGAGCUGUGGAAGUGACACAAGACCACAAACCCGAGCUGCCCAGAGAGAGGGAGCGUAUUGAAGGUCUGGGAGGAAGUGUGAUCAAGAAAUCAGGCGUGAACCGGGUCGUCUGGAAGAGGCCACGGCUAAGUCACAAUGGCCCAGUCCGUCGUAGCACGGUCAUUGACCAGAUACCAUUCUUGGCAGUAGCCCGAGCUCUAGGUGAUUUGUGGAGCUAUGACUUCUACAGCGGGGAGUUUGUGGUUUCUCCGGAGCCAGACACCAGUGUGGUGACCCUCGACCCCAGGAAACACCGCUACAUCAUCCUGGGCAGUGAUGGUCUGUGGAACAUGGUGCCACCUCAAGAGGCCGUGUCCAUGUGUCAGAACAACAAUGAUGAGAUGGCACCGUGUGGGGUAUCAAGUGCCCGGCAGCUUGUUAGCCAUGCUCUUCUGCGGUGGCGCCAGAGGAUGUUGCGCGCUGAUAACACCAGUGCCAUUGUAAUCGACCUGCAGGAGCCUGGCACGUCCCAGGACACCCUGCACCUUGAGGAGGUGCUUCUCGACCUAGCCAAGGUGUCCCAGUGUCCUCCCACCUCCGUAUCUCGCGCUGACACCCCUCUUCUUCAGCGGCCUCCAGAGGAAGACUCUCCCUCUGCCACAUGUGAGCUCCUCCCUGCCCUGGAGCGACAGGAUGGCCUAUCAGGAAAUGGCAGCCUGUACCACAUGAAUCUGUCUGACCCGUUUACUCUGACUCCACUGUGUCCAAACAGUAGUACAGAGCUGCCUGGUCAGUCAUGUCCCACUGACAGGACAGUUGGCAGCUGGAAACCCAGCAGCAAAAGAACUAAUGAUGGAUCAUCAACAGGCCGUUCAGCAAAGAGAACCCGGCGCAGGACUGCCGUCAGGCGUCCCCAGGUCCGACACGACACAGGAAAGAAACAAAAAGAGUCCAAUAAUGUCUCUCCCAUUCUCAAACAGCAUAACAAGACCACAGUGUGUGUGUACUGAAAUACGGUGUAAUGCUUGAGUCCAGGACUCACCUCCUAACCUUACAUCAUGUUAAAUUGGACCCAGGUUCUGUUUGACUGGGGUAAACAUGGUUAUGGAAUUUGUAUGUGCCCUAGGUCUCAGGUCCGAGGUUUUAGGUUUACAUUUGAAGAUGCUCAACUCAAAUUUAGCCUUGAUGACAAGGAUGGGGUGAUGGGGACUGGACUAAGACUCUUCUUUGGUGACUUACAUCCAGGCCGCACUGGAUGUGUGUGGGAUACGUGACAGCUGCAUCUUCUUCAUGUUUUUUGUUCACACAGGGAGCGGGGAGCCCACAUUUGCGUCUGGAAACGAUGUGAUCUGCGCAGCAGGGUUGAUACGUUGAAUAAUGCGGAUUGAUUUGUUGCGUCUGUGCAGAAAACCUGCCACUGUGUUAAGUGGGAGGUUCUCUGCACAGAGAACUCCAUAGCCAAUUCUCUGGAUUUUACCUGCAGGUCAUGUCUGAAAAUGUCUGAGGACUACUGUAUUUCAUCUAAUAAAAGUAGCCUAUUUACUCAACUUGAUGCUAAGACUAAGACUAAGACGUUCAUCUUUCAGUCCUAAAAAAUAGAAGCUUGUUAAAAUAAAUUAAUGGAUUCUGUCAACAGACAACACAAAUAAUCCGCGAUUCCCACGCACCGCUCACACAUCCAGUGUGGUCCAAGUGAGCGACUCUGGACUUGACUCAGAAAGCACUCCACUGCCCCUUGUCUCCUGUGGCAUUUCUGUCGCCCAUGUUUGCAGUUCUUCUCACUAAACUUUCUCUACAGGUUA